GAGAGGAGGAGAAGGCGGCGAGGGGGGGCUGUGCCGUAAACAGAGAGUCGUGGGGCCGGGGUGGGGGGGAGCUGGAGAAGGACCCGCUUGGCAGGCGAGGCGGCUUCUUUCCACCCGGAGGAGAGGAGGUCCCUGUAGCGCCAGGACUCGGCCCAGGCACUGGGAGGUUUCAGCCUUGGGUCAAUGUUGAAAUGAGAGACACCCCCCACAGUUUCCAGUCUGCCUUCCCUAUGGGAGAUCCAUGACGCCUCAUCACACCCAGUUCCCAGCGGCCCUCCAGCAUGUCCUGGUUUAGUGGCAUCCUGGUGCCCAAGGUGGACGAACGGAAGACCGCUUGGGGCGAGCGCAAUGGGCCCAAGCGCCAUCGCCCAGCACUUUGUGGUCCACGCUACAUGAGCUGCCUACAGGACCCAGAGCUGGAGCGUGGAGGCAGCGGGGGGCUGGGACUGAACUGUUCAUGGCAGGAGGACCAUUAUGGCAAGAAGCAGCAGCCGUCAUUGCCACCUGGUCCUGGGACAGGAGACCUGGGACUCAAAGCUGUGGAUCUGGGCUUUGAGGAUGGCAGCGGCACAGGGAGUGAGGCCAAGGGACUCUUGGCAAGCGAUUGCAGCCGGCGCCUCCUGCAGGUGUUCCGUUCAAAGCGUUUCCGCUCCGCCAAGCUGGAGCGCCUCUAUCAGCGCUACUUCUUCCAGAUGAACCAGAGUUCAUUGACUGUGCUCAUGGGAGUCCUGGUGCUCGCCUGUGGCAUCAUGCUGCUGUUUCACUGUGUGCCUGGUGCUCCCCGUGUCCCCUAUGCUGCUGCCCUUGCUGUGGCGGCUGCCCUCUUUCUGUCCCUUAUGUUUCUCUGCAACCGGACUGGCUUCCAUCAAGACUGCAUGUGGGCUGUGAGUUACCUGGUCAUCGGAGCAUUAUGCGGGGUGCAGGCCGUAGGCACCCUUCUGGUCUCACCACGUAGCGCCUCCGAGGGGGUCUGGUGGAGCGUCUUCUUCAUCUACAUCAUCUACACUCUACUGCCUGUGCGUAUGCGAGCGGCUGUGCUGGCUGGGGCUUUGCUUUCAGUGCUGCACCUGGUAAUCUCUUGGCAUCAAAACCGUAUGGACUCCUUCCUCUGGAAGCAGCUCAGCGCCAACAUUUUGAUCUUCCUUUGUACGAACAUUAUCGGCAUUUGUACCCACUACCCAGCUGAAGUGUCACAACGCCAGGCCUUUCAGGAGACACGUGGCUACAUCCAGGCACGACUGCACCUGCAACGUGAGAACCGUCAGCAGGAACGGCUUCUACUGUCAGUGUUGCCGCAGCAUGUGGCCAUGGAGAUGAAGGAGGACAUUAAUACCAAGAAGGAAGAUAUGAUGUUCCACAAGAUUUACAUCCAGAAACAUGACAAUGUCAGCAUUCUGUUUGCUGACAUUGAGGGUUUUACUAGCCUGGCAUCUCAGUGUACGGCACAGGAGCUGGUAAUGACACUGAAUGAGCUCUUUGCACGUUUUGACAAACUGGCUGCGGAGAAUCAUUGCCUCCGCAUCAAGAUCCUAGGUGAUUGCUACUACUGUGUCUCAGGGCUGCCGGAACCACGGGCAGAUCAUGCCCACUGCUGUGUGGAGAUGGGCGUUGACAUGAUUGAGGCCAUUUCGCUGGUACGUGAGGUGACGGGUGUGAAUGUGAACAUGCGUGUUGGGAUCCACAGUGGGCGUGUGCAUUGUGGAGUCCUGGGGCUGCGCAAAUGGCAGUUCGAUGUCUGGUCCAAUGAUGUCACCCUGGCCAACCACAUGGAGGCUGGUGGAAAAGCUGGGCGGAUCCAUAUUACACGGGCAACGCUGCAAUACCUGAAUGGGGACUAUGAAGUGGAACCUGGUCAUGGGGGUGAGCGCAAUGCCUACCUUAAGGAGCAUAACAUCGAGACCUUCUUCAUCGUUGGUUGCAGCCAGAAACGAAAAGAAGAAAAGGCCAUUUUAGCCAAGUUGCAACGGGCCCAGGCCAACUCCACCGAGGGGCUGGUGCCUCGCUGGGUACCCGAGCGCUCGUUCCCCCGGACCAAGGACUCAAAGGCCUUCCGACAGAUGGGGAUUGAUGAUUCCAGUAAAGACAACCGAUGUACACAGGAAGCCCUGAAUCCCGAAGAUGAGGUGGAUGAGUUUUUGGGCCGUGCUAUUGAUGCCCGAAGCAUUGACCAGCUGCGCAAGGAUCAUGUCAAACGCUUCCUGCUCACUUUCCAGAAACCUGAAUUGGAGAGAAAGUAUUCCAAGAAGGUGGACACUCGCUUUGGAGGCUAUGUGGCUUGCACCAUGCUUGUCUUCUGCUUCAUUUGUUGUAUCCAGAUUGUCAUCUUCCCUCACUCCCCUCUGAUGCUUGGCGCCUACAUCAGCAUCUUCGUCACCCUGGCCACCAUCCUUUUUGUCUGCGCCAUCUACUCCUGCCUUGGCCCGUUUCCAGCCGCCUUGCAGCAGCUGUCCCGCAAGAUCAUCCAAUCUCGAACCAACAGCACAAUCACUGGUGUGGCUGCCAUUCUGCUUGUCUUUUUCUCUGCCUUCAUCAACAUGUUUGCUUGCAGCCGGGUCCAGCUUCAAGAUUGUGUUGCUGAUUUUCUGAACGUUACUCCAUCUGCUGUGGGUUCCUGCCUUCUUCGUGCCCUCAACUAUUCACUGGCAUCAGACAAUCCACCCUGCCAGGGAAACAGUGUUUCUAGCUGCAGCUUUCCUGAGUAUUUUACUUAUUCUGUGCUGCUGAGUCUGCUGGCGAGUUCCGUCUUCCUGCACAUCAGCAGCCUGGGGAAGCUGGCACUGCUGGUGGGGAUGGAGGCUGUGUACCUGGCCCUGGCAGAAGGCCCUCAGGGGGUGCUGUUUAACAACUAUGACUUGCUGGUGGUUGCUCAUGCCUUGCCAGUAGCUGUCAAUGAGACCCAGAAUGGCCAAGACUGUCAAGCAGAAGGGAAGGUGGCCCUGCAGUACAUGACUCCUGUCAUCCUACUGCUUUUUGCCUUGGCGCUUUAUCUGCAUGCCCAGCAGGUGGAGUCUACUGCCCGUCUUGACUUCCUCUGGAAGCAACAGGCUACAGGUGAGAAAGAGGAGAUGGAAGAGCUGCAGGCCUAUAACCGCCGACUGUUGCACAACAUCUUGCCAAAGGAUGUGGCUGCUCACUUUCUAGCCCGUGAGCGCCUCAAUGAUGAGUUGUAUCACCAGUCGUGUGAAUGCGUCGCGGUCAUGUUUGCCUCAAUCAGCAACUUCUCAGAGUUUUAUGUGGAACUGGAAGCCAACAAUGAGGGUGUUGAAUGUCUGCGGUUGCUCAAUGAGAUCAUUGCUGACUUUGAUGAGAUUAUUAGCGAGGACAAGUUCAGGCAGCUGGAGAAGAUCAAGACGAUAGGCAGUACCUAUAUGGCAGCCUCAGGGCUAAAUGACAGCACCUAUGACCGUGAGGGACGCUCCCAUAUCACAGCCCUGGCAGACUACGCAAUGCGACUCAUGGAACAGAUGAAAUAUAUCAAUGAACACUCUUUCAAUAACUUCCAAAUGAAAAUUGGGCUGAAUAUUGGGCCAGUGGUAGCUGGAGUGAUUGGAGCUCGGAAGCCGCAAUAUGACAUUUGGGGCAACACCGUGAACGUCUCUAGCCGUAUGGACAGCACUGGUGUCCCUGACCGCAUUCAGGUGACCACUGAUCUUUAUCAGGUAUUGGCAGCCAAAGGUUAUCAGCUGGAGUGCCGUGGGGUCAUCAAGGUCAAAGGCAAAGGUGAAAUGACCACCUAUUUCCUGAACGGAGGCCCAUCCCUCAGUUAGCAAGAGCCUUUGCCACGAAGGGACAUGUUUGGCUGGGCUCAAGCAGCACGGGGUGAAGUGGUUCUCUCUGCACUCUCUCUUCCCCCUCUCACUACUUGCUGCAGAUUUUAGAUAUACCCUUCUUAAAGGGAAACCCCCUACACCCUCGAAACAGGAUCUUUAAUGGUGUUGAAAAGAGGAAAUGUGGCGGGGUCACUUUACCCCAUAAGAGACUUCUUUAUUUUUAAUUUAUUGGGAGCAAAGCCUAGUUUGGAGUGCCCCCUUUUUGGGCCCAUGUGGGUGCUAUUUUGGGGGUAAGAAAACAAACCCUUUGAUGUAAACUUUCUGUCUCUCCUGGGCUCAAGCCAAAAAAAAACCCAGUGAGGGGAGGUUGCAACAGGGGAUAAACAGCCCUCCCUUUUCUGUUUCUGGACCUAGAAAGCUAAUGUUUGGUUUUAUUAGAGAAAGUGGGUUGGGGGUGGGGGCAGGGAAUAUCCGGGAUUGCCUGGAUGCUUUCUCUUUUUUGGUGCCCUUUGCUGAAACUUCCAGAAAGCGCAGCAGCAGCAGCAUUGUUCCAGUCAGGGAGGCGGCUUGCCCCCUAAUGCAGUUCCAUUGUUGCCAUCUGCAGCCCACUCACACUGUCCCUCCACGCUCUCUCUCACUCACUGUGAAGUUCAGGAAUGUAUUUUUCCCCUUUUUGUUUGUUUGUUUGCAGGGGAGUGUUGUCAUUUGGGGUACAGUUAUCAUUUGCCAAUUGCUUUGUCUGGCUGGAAUUAAAAGGACUUGUGACAAGUGCUGGAGUAUCCCAAGAAGUGAGAAUUGGGAUUGUGGUUUUGAUGCCAAAGAGAAGGCAGGGAAGGGUCCUAAUUCCCUCUAACUUUCCCUGCCAUCCCACCUCCCAUAUUAGCCAGGAGACAAGUUAUCGUAACCUGUGGAGAUGUAACCUGCCUUAGGUGCCUGAAGUAAGGGCAAGCUGGUUCUGUGCACAAGGGAACCUUGGGGAAAGGGAGCCUCAUUUCUUCCCCAAUGGGGAAGAAAAUGUCCCAGUUCCAUAACAGGAGCUCUUUCAUGGAAUUGGAAGACUAGGCAAAUUCCUUCAACCUUUUCUACUAAGUGCCAAGUCAUCUCCCCUUGCUGUUCUAAGUUUCUGCCAUGAUUCUCAAAUAGUAGGUUCAUACCCAUCGUCCUUCAGGCCUCAUUUUUUGGGGCUUGGGAAUCUUCCCCUUGUUUUUUCUUCAUAAUCUCUGUAGCUGUAGAAAAGCUAUUUGAGAGAUGUGCUGUGCAACCCAGUCUUUGUCCCCUAAUAUUUGCUAGCAGUUGGGAACAGGAACUUGGCUGCUUCAGUGGAAGCUUGUUGUGGCUUCCUGCUUCAUAAGGCUCUCAUGUGACUUCCUAAUGAGGUGGGAUGAAAAAAGAAUUACACAACAGUAGAUUGCUCCCACUUUGCUUUUUUCCAGGGUGUGAGGUUGGAGAGGAAUUGGGGUUAAUGACUGGAGAACUUGCCUGAGAACACUUGAUCUUUAGGCAAGGGCAACUGCAAGUAGUCAGUGAUCCUAGGCAAGACCUGCAGAGUCACUACACCAUCCCUUGGUGGCAGGAACUGAGGCAUGGUUGCUGCCCACGGUGGUGGGGAUAAGUGGAUCUGUGGCUGCCAUUUUGAAAAUAUUCCAUUUGCUGAUCACUGAUAGAAGCAAGCACACUUCAGACAUCCACCCUUGUGAGGUUUUGAUUAUGUCAUCUUUCCCUUCUUCCCUUUUAUGGAGGGAAUGGGAUUAUAAGCACUAUGUUGACUCUGAUUUCUUUUCUCCAGAGACCUGACCCAUUUACAUUUAGCUCUGUACCAGGCUCCCAUCUUCAUCAGCAGCUCUGGACUGAACUGGUUGCCAGCAUUUUAAAGAGAUGUAUGCCAUUACCAUUGUUUUGGUCUUGUUUCUAUUUAAUGCAAAUAAAACACAGACAUACCCAUAUCAAGUGGAAUUCCGUUAUCAAGCUAGAUACUGAUACUGAGAUUCCUUGAAAAUAUGCUUUCUUUUGCUCAGCUAUUAUGUCAAACGUGACAUUUAAUUGGGAGCGUUCAACCCAUGGAGAGGCAAGAAGGGUCAGUUGUUCCUUGAAACAAGAUGAAUGAAGGGGAAAAAAACAAAGUGCUUUAUUGCAAAGGAAAAAAUCCUUAAGUUUUUUUUUAAAGGGAGAAAGCAGGUUUUGGAUUUUUAAAAAGUUCUUGAUGGUUAAAAGCUUUUAUUACUUUACAUUCUUUUAAAAGGUUUUUUUUAUGUGCAUAGCCAGUUUGGAUUAUUGAUGCCCUUCUUGAGGAAGGCUAUGCAAAGAAGAGAAAAAUGAGGUUUUUGAAAGCCCCCCCCCCAAAAAAAAUCUCCCCACUCCUUAUAAGGCUAGUGCUAAAAUGGCUCUGUUGUGUUUCUUGGGGGUGAUGUGUGAAUGGAAUGGGCGAUUAUGGCACUUAUUUGGUACUUUCUUCCUUUUGCGUGUAUAUAUAAAUUAUAUAUUAAAAAUCACUUUCUAUUA